AUGGUGCAGGAAAGACAGGCCCAAGGGAAGGGAGUCUACUGGUCCUUGAGACUCUGGUCGGCUGCUAUGGUUUCCUUUCUACUCCUCAGUGCCUGUUUCGUCCUGAGCUGUGUGGUGACUUACCGGUUUGUGAUGGACAAGCCCUAUACAAGACUGUCUGAACUUCACACAUACCAUUCCAGUCUCAGCUGCUUCAGUGAAGGGACGUGGGUGUCAGAAAAAGUUUGGGGUUGUUGCCCAAGUCACUGGAAGUCAUUUGGCUCCAGCUGUUACCACAUUUCUACCGAUAAGAACAUCUGGAACAUCAGCGAGCAGAAAUGCAUUAAGAUGGGGGCUCAUUUGGUGGUGAUCAACACUGAAGCUGAGCAGAGUUUCAUCAUCCAACAACUGAAUACGUCGAUUACUUACUUCCUGGGGCUUUCUGAUCCACAAGGUAACAACAAAUGGCAAUGGAUCGAUAAUACUCCUUGCAGUCAAAAUGUCAGGUUCUGGCACCUAGAUGAGCCCAACCUUCCCGAAGAGAGAUGUGCUUCCGUAGUUCAUUGGGGUACGGGAUGGGGCUGGAAUGACGUUUUCUGUGAGAGUAAAUAUAACUCAAUAUGUGAAAUGAAGAAGACUUACCUCUGA